AUGGGAACGCUAGGAAAAUUCAAAAGUAAGGUAAGGCAAAGUAGAGUAACAAGUUUUUAAAUUGUCAUUUUACGACAACCAUAAUGCCAUUUUCAGUUUCUGUCCUUCUGGGAAGAGGACAUCUUCUGGGACGAUCACAUUUCGAACAAUGUUCCCAAAGACAAUGGAGAAUACGUUGUAUCGAGUUAUGGUGAAGGUGGCUGGUUUGACGGUCAAUGCGAGCCCUACGUUUUGAUGUGAGUUUCUAAUUUGUUAUCUAAAAAAUUAUGUUUUGAUUUCUGUAAUUAGGACUAAGGUCUAAGGCCAGGGCAAGACUAAGGUAAACCUAAGAAAAGGCCAGGAUAAGACCAAGUCAAAGCCAUGUCGAGGCCAGGGCAAGGCUAGGGCAAAGUCAAGGCAAGGCCAAGUUUAGGACAAGGCCAAGGCAAGGCCAGUAGAAGUCCAGGGCAAGGCCAAAGCAAGGCCAGGGUAAAGAAAAAGCAAAGAUAGUACAAGGGCAGGGCAAGACCAGGCCAAGGCCAGAGCAAGGCCAGGAGCUAGAGGAAGGCUAGGUUAAAGCCCGAGCAAUUCCAGGGCAAAGCCAGGACAAGACUAUGGCUUCCUAGGUCUAAGACUACGUUCGAAUAGCACAUUUUGUUACCUAAAAAACCAAAAUUUCAAAAAAUUAAAAAAAAUUUUGUUUUUCAGUUACAACUGGUGCAAUAGUAACUGCCACGUCUACAAGACGUACAACAAGAAGGCCAAUAUUGAUCUGUACGGAAAGGGAGUUGAAUCUUCGGACGCUCUUUGUGACCAGGCCAAACCCGCCAAGCGUGAUUAG